ACCGCGCAUUACGACGAGCAGUUUACAGCGAUCGGCCCGUACAAUCACGUCGUCGUCGUUGCCGUAGUCGUCGCCGUCUGCCGUUGUUGUGUCAUAUUUUGAGACGGUGGUCUCGGCGGUCCGAACGUUCUCAUUGCGCGCGUCGCACACGCCGUAAUUAUUCAUAAAUAUAAUACAUUUUUUUUUUCUUUUUUAAACACGAGAGUCGAAGUUUUCGUUCACGUAAUAUAAAUAAAAAUAUCGACUUUGACCGAUAAUUCCGUGUCUUCGUCACCGCCGCCACCAUAUUCGACUGCGUACGACGCGACGUUCUCCGCCCAAAUCACACAGGCGCCGUACAACCCGUUGUUUACGUGACUAGAGCACACAAACACACAGACGGCCCCGAGACAGCUCCCGUUCGUCCGCCGCCGCGUCGUCAGCCGAUGUCAACUGCAGCACGGCGCUGUAGUCACGCCGCCGUAAUCGGCCGCCGACGUCGCCGCCGCCGAAUCUCUCCCGUGCUGCCGCUGUUUGUCGCCGUCGCCGCCGCCGAUUCGCCUAGGACUAGUUGUAGAAGCGACCGCCGCCGCCGCUGUCGUUCCGACUGAACAUCUGACCGACGACUACAAACUGUACGGGGUGUCAUCGACAUCUUAUGUGGCCAAAUAGCCUGUCAUCUGGAUGCAGCCAGGAGAGCGGCGGGGAGUUGGGCGGUUUCCCUGCUACUGCCGCGGCCGCAGCGUUUGCCGCCGCGGGUGGCUCUGGCGGCGCGCCGCCGUCACUAGGCUCGUCCAUGCAGGCCGCCGCCGCUGCGUACCAUCUCAAGACUUCAGCGGCGUCUUCGCCGUACGCCGCUGUCAACAGCAUCGGGCUGAUGGACUCGCUGCAGACCAGCAUGGGCUGUUACCCGACAGCAGCUAGCCAGAACUACCACCAUCAUCAUUCCACCACGUUGUCCCUGUUCAAUCACCGUACACAACACAAUUACAGCACAAAACUUGUGGACUGUGUUGGAAACCCAAGAAAGCAACGGCGUGAACGAACCACGUUCACCCGGACGCAGUUGGACGUGCUGGAAACGUUGUUCGCCAAAACUCGAUAUCCAGACAUAUUCAUGCGUGAAGAGGUGGCUCUGAAGAUCAACUUGCCCGAAUCAAGAGUACAGGUGUGGUUCAAGAACCGGAGGGCCAAGUGCCGACAACAAGUGAAACAGAACCAACAGCAGCACCACAACGGCACGGGAACGGACAAGACGGCGUCGUCUAGAAACAACUCGACCGGCAACAACGGUCCAAAAUCGUCGGGGAAAUCGUCCGGCGGCGGUGGCAACGCGCCGGUCAACAACAACAACAAAAUGUCACCGACAAUAAACGGCGGCGUAGGCGGCGGCGGCGGCGGCGUGGGUGGCGGCGGCGUUACGAGUUCGACGGCCGGCAACUCGCCCGUGUCUACCGGCACGUCGCUUUCGUCCAGUCGGCAGUCGCCGCCCGGCGGCGGUUCGUCGUACAUCAAGCCGAUACUGAGCGGCACGCCGCCCAUACAGCCGCCGCCUUCCGUGUACCACCCGAGUUCCGGCGGCGGUGGUAAUACGCCAGGAUCGAUAUGGAGCCCCGCCAUCACGGAACCACCACCGGGACUGGUGGACUUGCACCACCACAAUACCAGGUCGUCUCCAGUAGGCUCUAGCGGAGGCUACUCGACCAACGGCAGUACUGGUGGUAAUUGCUAUUCGUCGCAUCAUCACCAUCACCAACCGCAUCAUCACCAUCCGCACCACCAUCACGCGGCGGCGCAUCAUCACCAGAACUACGGCGGUUACUACUCGAACAUGGACUAUCUGGCGCCACCGCCUACAAUGUCGUCACAUCAAACAGCUGAGAACGGUUCAGAGUCGGCUUGGGUGAAGCGCGAGGACACGUCGUCGUGGUUUUACAACUCGGCGGGCUGGGAACGCAAGUAAACAACCGGAACCAGGGCCGGAGCUGUCGCACGCCGCCACUUAUGUUUUUCCGCGACGUUGCCGCCCGUCAGUCGUGGGCAGAGAUGUAUCUCUUCACGCGGCGGCUUAUAAUAUUUUAUAAGUUCUUGUAAAUAAAUUAUCAUAUUCGCGCUGAUGCCGAAGACGACGCUGGCAAACACACAACAACUGCCGGAAAACCACACAUAAAUACACAUGAAUGAUCAAUAUGCCGACACAUCAUAUUAUUUCGACUCGUGUGCACACGUCAAACAUCUGUAGAAUAUUACGAUAAUAUAGUGUAUAAUAAUAUUUUAUUCAGUGAGUACGCGUGCGUUUACUGCGUCGGUCCGUAAAUCGAUAUAUCGACGAUAAGAAGUAAAUUCAAGCAGAAUAUCAAGAAAACAGCUCUAAUUCAGUAUAUUAUACUAGUAUAUUAAUUAUUAAUAUGUUAUCGUAUUUAAUAUAGUGUGUGCGUGUAAGCGGUAACGCGUAUAAUAUGACGUGUAAUCAUUCACGUAGUGCAGUGAAACCUCUCUCGCAUACCUACAUUAAAUUAAUGAGAUGGACUUAAUUUAUUCCACCAUUCGGUAUCCCGUGAAUAAACGCUUACAUAAAAAUAUUAUAACAUUUUGGAAAACGAUUUCUCAAGCACGUGACUCCCC